AAUUAGCCAUGUUCGACUCUCAGAGGAUGGGACUCUGUUGCUGUUUUAGUGACUCUGUGUAUUUCAUCUCUUUAUUAGGAUGCUGCCAGCACAGAUAAUUGAGUAUUACAACCCCUCAGGACCUCCUCCUCCUCCACCACCCCCCAUGAUUCCUUCAGCACAAACUGCUUUCGUCAGCCCCCUCCAGAUCCCCAUGCAGCCCCCCUUCCCUGCCUCCGCUGGCUCCUCCUACCCGGCUCCUCCUCACCCUCCCACCGCUGGGCUCGUGGUCACAGCCCCGCCGCCUCCGGGCCCACCGCCUCCUCCGCCGGGCCCCCCUGGCGCAGGCUCUUCUCGCUCGUCCUCCCCAAUGCAUGGCCCCCCUGCAGCUGAGGCAAAGCGCCAAGAGACGGCACAGCCACCCAUAAGUGAUGCUCGAAGUGAUCUUCUCGCUGCCAUUCGAAUGGGGAUUCAGUUGAAAAAGGUGCAAGAACAGCGCGAGCAAGAGGCCAAGCGCGAGCCAGUCGGGAAUGACGUGGCCACGAUCCUGUCCAGACGCAUCGCCGUGGAGUACAGCGAUUCUGACGACGACUCGGAGUUCGAUGAGAACGACUGGUCCGACUGAGGCGGCGCGCAUGCGCAGCGGGGGCGGUGCGCUGCCGAACCCGGCGGCCACCGGAGGCCCUGUGUUGGAAAUGUCUUGAAAAUUUUAAGUGGUCUCAACACCCACAUAGUGGUAUUAUAAUCCUGUAGCUUAGCAACUUUUGUAUUAAUAAUGUGAUAUUGCUUUUGCACAUCCAAAACUUCUGGGUUUUUUCAGUAUUUACUGUGUAAUACUUAAGUGCCACUAAACAUAGCAAAUUGUGCUGCACAUGAGGAAAUAUGCUGUAACUAUCGCAUUGUCCUGAAAACAGCCUCUUGCUUACUUUUUCUUGGCCAUGAAAGUACUUAGUGCGGUUUGGAUUUCCUCUUCUUGAUCACUAUAAUUCUGCAGACUUGCUGUGUGUUUGUGAAGCUGCCUGGUGUUAGGUCUUUGCAAGAUUAACGAACGUGUGUCAGAGUGAUGUCUUCCAAUCAGUAAGUGGACCGUUUCACCCUUUUUUGUUUGUUUCAAAUGUGUUUCCGAAGAAGUUGGUUCCAGAGGGAAAGAUUUAACAAGGAGAAUCAAGCGUCGCUGCUUUCCGUUUCUUGGUUCGGUCGCCUCUGUGUGAAUCGGAACGCUCUGUGAGAUGAUUUGGUUUCCUUUGCACGCUCUUGUGAAAUGUGAAAUUGGAAGGGCCCUUUCCAGGCAGGAUUCCCUGCGGGCACUCACUUGGUCGGUGCUUGUUGAUGAUUUGUGUUAAGAGCUUCCAGCCGCUGUGCAGUCAUGAAAAUGAACAGGGUUCUUUUUCCUCGGCGGCGGGGAGAGGGAUCGGGGCUGACACUGGGAACACCUGGCAGCCCCUAGAGCCCCGGGGGCCAGCCGGCCACACGGACACGGCGGGCGGGGCUCCGCCCGGUGCAGAGGAACCCCCCUCCCCCACCCCACCCCGGCCUUUCCUGGAGCCGUGUCCUAAGUGAAGCCGGUGUAGUUCCUGGCUCCCCGGUGUGCUCCAGAGAGUGCUUCCCAUGGCACCUCGCUCCACUUGGUCUGGAUUUUAAAGCUUAGAUUUUAGGUGAAAGUAGAUGCUGACAGCUAUUCGCUUUUCCUGGUGCUGUGGCCAGGUUAGGGAUCCAUCACCCAAGUAGGGCCUUGGCCCUACUCCUAGAAGCACACGGUUCUCUUUUCUCAUGUUGUCCUCAGCACAUUAAAUGUUAAAAAGUACCUCAGAUUAGAUUAGACGUGUAGCUGUUCCAGAUCACUUUCCUUUCACCUUAGCCCUAACUGCUGUUCUUCCCACAUGGCCAUUCGAGAGACCCCCCGGGGUUUAUUAUCAUGGUGAGAGCAGAGCACUGGAAAAUAGGAUGGCAGCUUUGCUCUUGUAAUCUUGGGUGAAGGGUAACUGCUUGUUCAGAAUCAAGAAAUGCCCCCAGGCUUCGAUUAUAGAUACAACUUCACAAAUAUACUAAAACACUUCACUUACUAUGGAUUCUUACCUACAUACAGCCUUUCAAACGGAUGGCAGUUAUUUGUGACUCUCUGUCAUGAUGGAGUCUUUAGCUCAAGACAGACUUGCCUGGUUCAUGGUAGUCAUCUAAACAGGACCAUGACCAAUGGAUUUUUGUUAAUGAGUCCUCCUGAAGACUUCAGCGGUGCCCCCAAACCACGUCCGUGUGUCCCCAAGUGGACAUUGAUUCGGCUUGUGGGCAGUCAUCAUUGGGUUUUAAUCAUGCAGAUUUUGAAACUCUGAAAAGCCUGAUGUCUGCAUCCCCUUCCCGAGACCAUGGCUUCCUGUAUCAGGUUACCUGAGUCUUUUCAGCUGUACUAGCUGUUUGGACACAUGCUUCUUGAGUUUCUGUUUCUUGGAGCUAGUCACCAUACUUUUAUUGAAUAUAAGUGGUAGUUAUUAAUGGACUUUUACAUUUCUUUCUUUGAUUUCUCCCCCCCCCCUUUUUUUUUCCAGCAUAAAGUCCUACUGUGUUGGCAUUAUUCUUGGGACUUUUACCAUUUGUAGUCUGAUUUUAUCUUUAUUACAGUAUUUUGUUUUUAUUGUUCCUUUUCAGUUAGGAAUUACUUGUAUAAUUCUAGAACUUAAAUUUGGUAACGCUUCUUUGUUUUUUAUGUCCCUUCUGUUCUCAGGAUGAAGAGAACACAUAAAGCUACUAUCCAUGUCAGGAUUUCUUCUAUUUAUAUCUUAUUACAAUAAAAUUACUGGCACUUUAUUCAUAAAUAUUCAUAAGCCUAUUAAUUAUUAGUUGUCUUCCUGUGGUUUAAUCAACAAGUUAUUUUCGACUUGAUUUUCCGACUAGUGAAAACCUUUUGCCCUAAUGUGUUGCGUAGCCUUUAAAAGAAUGGAAAAUGACUAAAAUUCAAUUUAGAUGAUUUUUGCAGUAUUUUUCUCAGCAAAUCUGAUUUAUUCUAAAAUUAAAUCCAGACUUUUUCUAAUGUGCUAUUACAUGAAAAGGAAAAAGUGAAUAUUUUGCAUUUUCAGUUUUCAUUUUCAAGAACUAUUUACCAAAAUGAAUGGAGAAAAACAUUUAAAAGCAUAUUUCUUAUCUGUGGAUUUUACAUUUUAAAGUAGUAGUUAUAACAUUGUAAGGUUAUUUUAAACUGCCCUCAGUUUUUUCCCCCCAUGUGUAUUUUAGAUUAAUUUCUUACAAGCUUUUUUCUCACAUCAUAGAUUAGGCAAGGGGAUGAGAAGUUUACUCGGUACCACACAUUAGCUUACACAAACAUAACGUGGUUGGUUUUCCAUUGUUAACCCCAAACCAUGAGAUUUGGUACACUUAUGUUUUUCUUUAUUGAAAGUACAUGGUUAGAAAAUUAACAUUUUCAUUUCAGUAAAUUUUAGAAUAUCAAAAUCUUUUCUGAACACCAAGUGGCUAGGUUGUGAAAGUUUUGUAAUAAUUUGCAACUGGAAUACAUGAUACAUUUUAAUCCAUUAAAGACUAGUGGGAAUGUAUCAGCCAGAGUAGCAAGUAAUUUUUGUUUUAUAAAUCAGAGUAUCUGUCACCUUGCAGUAUUACCAAUGCUGUUGUAAAUUGAAUUUAAAGUGGUAUUAAAAAACAAAAAACACACCUCCUGUUAAACAAUUUUUAUCUGUUUGUAUAUCUUACUAUAGAUUAUGUACAAGUAACAUCUAAAUAAAAUUACACUUUUAACCCUAAAA